AAAGGUGGUUCUUGGAUGCCCUACGUCACUGAGCUGAAGAUGGCCGUUGGGAGGAUGGUUGCUGUCCGGAACGCUACGGCUGUAGUCGUUUUGUUGAGUGUCUUCAGUGCUGGAAAAUGCAACGAGCAAGUACCCCUGAUGAUGUGGUCCAGUAAUGGGUUCCCGUUGCCAUCCCAGAGCGCCCCGCUGGCUGGUGCCUCAGUGUCCAGCCGCCAGCUGCAGUCUUACCUGAGCACGGCGCUGAGCUCAACACCGCAGAAUGUUUUACUCUUCCUCCAGGACAAGUUGAGUGUCGAUGACUUCACCAUGUAUGGUGGUGUGUUUGGAAAUAAACAGGACAGCGCCUUCCCCAACCUUGAGGUGGCACUGCAGUCGUCAUCCUCCUCCCUGCUGCUGCCGUCAGUGUCGUCCUUGGCCAGCGUAGCCCUGCCCUCGCUCCUUCAGGAGCAGAUGGACACAGCACCACUCUACCUGGACCCAGAGACUCUCGCCCAGCUGCGGCUCAACGCCUCCCUUCCAGCCCUGCUUAUCUUCCGUCUGCCCUACAGCUCCGGGGCUGAUAUGAUGUCUACUAAGGAGGUGCUCAGUGGAAAUGACGAGGUGAUUGGUCAGGUGCUGAAUAUUAUGAAUGGCCAGUCAGUGCCAUACACGGCUGUGUACACGGCGUUCCGACCCUCACGGGUGAUGGCGGAGCAGCCCAUGGCUGCCCUCUCGGCAGGGGGGCGAUCACUGCUGCAGUCCAGGCAGAAGGACCCCGCUGACCCCUACCCGCCCGUGGAGUUUAAGGAGCGCGGUUCCUCCUGCAUCCUGCUGUGGGCUGAGAACCUCACCAUCAGCCACUUCCACUCCGGGAAGUGGCAAAGGCAUGACCUUGCCCCCAGGACCUUUGGCGAGGGGGUUUCCCCCGACCUGGAGGGCUCCUUCUGUAACAGGACUCACUCCAGGCUGGUCCUCAACUAUGAAAAUGUAUUGAUGUACCGCAGUUUCAAGCUCAUCUUUGAGAUGAGCCAGAGGCACUAUAAGGUAUCGGCCCGUGGCUGGUUCAGCCUGGACUUGGUGAAGCUAGAGUACGACGGCAAGAGGGCCUCCUUCAAUGGCAGCAGGAGCAUCUACGCCCCCGUGGAGUUCUCCUACCACUGCGACUCCGUCACCAGCUUCCUCUACCCUCAACUAGUCCCCUUCUCCUCCAAGGACAAUGCCAAUGACUGGAGGCUCUUCUUUGAUGAUUUCCAGAUCCAGGGCUUCAAUGUGACGGGGAAGGAUUUCUCGUAUGCCAGCGACUGCGCGGGCUUCUUCUCGCCAGGUAUCUGGAUGGGGCUGCUGACCUCCCUGCUCCUGGUGCUGGUACUCACCUACGGCCUGCACAUGGUCAUGCGGCUGCACACCAUGGACCGCUUCGACGACCCCAAGGGCCCUGCCAUCUCCGUGCCCCAGACGGAGUGAUGCCGAGUCAGGCCCAUCUCCGCUUGGAAGCCCCGUCUACGUUCCCAAAUACUCCUUUGCCAGGGUCAGCUCAGUUCUGGCUACACUGUCACCAUUGGUGGCUGUGUGGUUUUUGAUCAGCUGUGUCUGUGUGCAUCUUCAUUUCAGCACUGCAGUAGCCUCCUCAUUCUGUCCAACUACGGCAGGCUGUGUAGUUUUCUCAAUCGGCAUUUAAAUUCAGUGUUAUUUGAGUUUUGAAUUGAGGCUCACUGUUUACAUUUUUCUGUCUCUCUCUCUCUCUCUCUCUCUCUGAGGGCAUGGGCUUGUUUAAUUGCAAAUGAAAGCAAAAGGUUUGUUUUAACUGAUUUAUCAUUCCAUCUUAUUUUGGUCAUCCCAUCUGUGUUUGAGGAAAUAAUUGAAAAAUUAGCCUGUAGUUACAACAGGAGUUACUUCCUUCCAACAGAGUUCUGACAUGCUAUGUUUUAUAAUCUGAUUUAAAAAAACAAAAUGGCCAAAAACAAAGGUACUCCUGAGCUGUCGUUAGGGGGAUGACCACUAGCUGUCACAGGAAAUUGUAAGACGUAAAAACUUGGCUGCAGCCAAGGUGAUUCAAACGUGAAAUGGAACAAAAGGAGACCAAGUGCAAUAAGGCUCACAUAAAAAAAAAUGUGAUGAACUGAAAUGGCCAGAUGUACACAUGCCAUUGGUUUUGUUUUCUAAACUCAGUGUCUGACCAUCAGACAUGAGAAAUUUUAAAAUCUUUCUGUAUAUUUUGAGCUGUUUGAAAUGAGUAUAGAAUGACGUCAAUGUAUUUACCAGUGGAGCCUGUGGUUUUGAAUAAUUGUAUAUAUGAGACUAUAAUAUUGCUGUUUAGUAGUUAGAUGAAAUCUUAUUUAUUUGUGGAUGUGAGCAUUUGCUGUACGAUCCUGAAGCUUUUUCUUUAGUCACCGUGGAGUUGUGUGCUGACAUUUGUCCUAAAUGUACAUUCUACACAGAGCAGGAGUAGGCUGGAUUUAUUGUUAAGGGUUCUGGGUCAUUUGAUUACUGCAGCCUUCAAGCUGAUCCUGCAACCUCCAUAUCAUAUACUCUGAGUAUUUGUAGUGCAGUGAUUUGAAGAUCAGGAAAUCUGCAGAUCUGUGUUGAAAUUUGCAUUAUGUGAAUGCACCCUUAAAUGUUGCACUGUAUCAUUUCAUAGCUGAAAGGAAAAAUUAAGACAUAAUAAAUGUGAUGUUUGGUUGACUGAAA